AUGUCCCGGCGGCGGCAGUGGCAGUGGCGGCAGUGGCAGAGGCGGCUCCGGAGUGGUGACAGCGGAGGGAGAGUGCGAGCAGGGCAGGCUCCUGGGUCGCACUGGCUGUCUUUUGUCCGCCGCGUUCCAGCCCUUCCCGGAAGCGGCGACUUCCUAGAACCACAGCCUGCGCACCAGUGGCAGCGCGGGGGCGAGGUCCUGGGUCUGUCCUCCCUGCUGGCGCUCCCCGAAGACAGACUCGGAGUGUGCAAGCGCCUUCGUGGUGCCGCGCCUGGCCCCCAGUACCCUGUGAGGUGCGGGGGAGAUGAGAAGCCAGAGCUCCAGGCUCCAGGCGCCAGUACAGUGGUAGCAGCUGGACUGACCAUUGCUGCAGCUGGAUUUGCAGGUCGUUAUGUUUUGCAAGCCAUGGAGUCUCAAGUAAAACAAGUAAAACAAGUUUUUCCAAGUGUACUGAAAUCUGCUUUCAGUGGUGGCUAUUACGGAGGUGGAUUUGAACUCAGAAUGACAAAAUGGGAAGCAACAUUAAUAUUAGGGGUAAGCCCUACUGCUAAUAAAGGAAAAAUAAGAGAUGCUUAUUGGAGAAUUAGGCUUUUAAAUCAUCCAGAUGAAGGAGGAUCUCCUUCUAUAGCAGCCAGAAUCAAUGAAGCUAAAGGUUUACUAGAAGGUCAAGCUAAAAAAUGA